AUGGAUAAACAAGACAGCAGCCCUAGUGCCGCUUCACUGCCCAGACAUCCACAUUCGAACUUGGCACGCCAAGUCGCUACAGAAAUGCCCAGUCUCUGGUCUCGGAUCGCUCGCCGAACGGAUAGUGACGGCCUUUGCUCCAAAAACGAAACGUGUGGUCGCGGCAUCAGUCCCAAUGCUACUAACUUGGCUAUUGCCCUUGGUGUUGUAAUUCCCGUUGUUGCUGCGGCCAUCACCUUCUUCUUACUUCACCGACGAAGCGUCAAACGCAUGCACAUGGAAGACGCCAAAUACCGCGAAACCGAUCUUGAUUACGGCUUGGAUGAAGCUCCCUCCAAAGGAAAGCGAAUGACGGCCAUGUUUGGUGCUGGCGGGGAAAAGCAGCAGCACCGUCCUGGCCAAUUGUCCAUGGACAUGAACCUGUCGUCGCCCUAUCUGCUCCCUCCCGAUCUCAACCAGUCCAAGGAGUCAAUUCACUCGCUCGCCAAGUCAUACCACAACCAACAAGACCCUUACCACACCGUGCCUCUCUACUGCGGUGGCGAUGGCUCUUCCAUUCGAUCAUUCCCUAGAGGAGAGCCCUACUCUCCCAUAAGCAGCAAGCACCAGUCUUUCGCCAGCAAUCUCCCACCUCGCACACACUCCAAGUCGCAGUCCCCUCUGGCCGGUGAUCCAUUUGCUACACCAACUCAGCCAGAGCCUGCUCACAUGGCGCGAGAUGACGCGCCUCCUUCCAUCCCCGACAAGAAUCUUCCUAUUCAGCCAAUUGUUCCCGAAAUUGGUACUGUUAAUGGCGCCGACGCCGACGACCAGAGCAUCUAUGAAAUGCCCGAUGUUGCUUCUCCUCCCGCAGCCCUUGCCAAGGACCCCAAGACCGGUCUGCCCAUUGACAACAGCUUUCGCUUUGAACUUGCCGGCACUGUUGAGCAGGAUCCUACCGUUGGUGUCGCGCAGCUUAGCGAUGACUUGGGUCAUCAAAAUCCCCAUGACCAUGACCUGAGUCUCAACGGCGAACUGCCAACAGUCUUGUCUCCCGAUGAUACACAUGGCUAUCCCAUUGAUGCUAGCCAAGCUGCCUACGAUGAGCACAACGACGCUUACCCUCAAAUUCAGACUACAGAGUAUUAUGAAGACACAAAUUAUGAGGUCGAAGACAUGCAGCGAGGCCGCACAAAUGGCUUGGGUGUUCCGCAGACAGCGGCCAAAAGACUGUCUGUUGGUGUCGUGCCCCUGCCACCCGCAGAGGUCACCCAAUCUGAGGACCCCGAGUACCGCGCCAAUCGCAUUAGGUCCUUUUAUAAGGAGUAUUUUGAGGACUAUGCCGACGCACCACCUCUGCCAGGCCAAGAAGAACACCACGAAGAGUACGAUGCUGGUUACCUGGGCGAUGCUGCCUACUACGAUGCCGAUAGCAACGCUUUUGUUAUGCCAUACGCUCAGCCCGUUACUCGCCGGGCCAUGACACCUCCUCCUGGAGGUGCCCGUCGCGGCCCGCCUGGUCCUAGAAGACCCCGUGGCCCUGGUUCCAUUGGUGGAAUGAGCCUUCCUGGAGGGCCUGGUCGCAUGCGCGCUGGUUCUCACGGCCAAUUUGGUCGUGCCCCGCCUAAGAACAAGCUUCCCCCGCCUGCUGCUCUCAAUACCCUACCGACGCCCUCUAAGCUUACAGACGAUACGGCUCUCCUUAAUGCCAUGGACUUUGCACCGCCAGAACUGUUCAGGGAUCAAGCUGCUGGCCGUAGCCAGAGCCCUCUAGGCGAACGCCGACCGUACAAGCCUGGCCACGCUGCCGCUUCUCCUCUCGUCACGGCCUUUGACGAGCUCGCUGCCCUCCCCAGCCCGCAUCUGCUCCGCAAGUCGUCGACGUUUACCGGUCUCGACUUUGCGCCGCCCAAGAGAUUCAAGGACGAAAGCGACAAGAGCGACGCCGGCAGCAUCAAGAGUAAUCGCAGUGGCAUCUCAGCCGUCCAGCUUGGCGCCAUCAGAAGUGGCGCCGGUCGUAUCAGCCGUCUGCCCGGCGAUACUGUUUUCACCACCAGCAAUUUCGGUGACCAGCUGAAGCCUCAAUGGGGUAUGCGUCAAUAA